CUAGAUCAAUGCACGUGUCUGCUAUAAAUUCGGAAGGCGGUACCUUCAGCUUCCUUGUACAGACAGACGGUCAUUGCAGCAUCACCCUUCAAGGUUCACUACUACAACCCAAUCAAUAGCAACUAUGUCAGACCUCUGUGUUGGAAUCAACGGAUUUGGCCGGAUUGGCCGCCUGGUCCUCAGGGCCUGCCUGCAGAAGGGAAUCAAAGUUGUUGCCAUCAACGAUCCCUUCAUUGACCUGCAGUACAUGGUUUACAUGUUCAAGUAUGACUCAACCCAUGGCCGUUACAAGGGUGAGGUGAGCAUGGAGGACGGGAAGCUGAUUGUGGACAAUCAAUCCAUCUCUGUAUUCCAGUGUAUGAAGCCCCAUGAGAUCCCAUGGGGUAAUGCUGGAGCUGAGUACGUUGUUGAAUCCACCGGAGUCUUCCUCAGCAUCGACAAGGCAUCAUCCCACAUCCAGGGCGGUGCUAAGCGCGUGGUGGUGUCUGCCCCCUCCCCUGAUGCCCCCAUGUUUGUCAUGGGUGUCAAUGAGGACAAGUACGAUCCCUCCAGCAUGACUAUUGUCAGCAAUGCAUCUUGCACCACCAACUGUCUAGCCCCCCUGGCUAAAGUCAUCCACGACAACUUUGGCAUCGAAGAAGCCCUCAUGACUACAGUCCAUGCCUACACUGCAACCCAGAAGACUGUGGAUGGUCCCUCUGCAAAGGCAUGGCGUGAUGGCCGUGGUGCCCACCAGAACAUCAUCCCCGCCUCCACCGGUGCAGCCAAGGCUGUAGGCAAGGUCAUCCCCGAGCUCAACGGCAAGCUGACUGGCAUGGCCUUCCGUGUCCCUGUUGCUGAUGUGUCAGUGGUGGACCUGACCUGCCGCCUGUCCCGGCCCGGCAGCUACGCUGAGAUAAAGGAGGCUGUCAAGAAAGCUGCCCACGGACCAAUGAAAGGAUACCUGGGAUACACCGAGGACUCAGUCGUGUCCUCUGACUUCAUUGGAGACACUCACUCCUCCAUCUUUGAUGCUGGCGCUGGCAUCUCCCUCAAUGACAACUUUGUCAAACUCAUUUCCUGGUAUGACAAUGAGUUUGGUUACAGCCACCGUGUUGCCGAUCUGUUGUUGUACAUGCAUUCCAAGGAGUAAAUUUCCUGCUCCAGAAAACGAAUGGGACCACAACACCUUUUCCAUCCACUAGCACUGUCCAUAGCCAAGCCAUAGAAUCACACCCUAGCACCCCAGUCCUUCACAACUCUUUACAAGACAAGGCUGUGUGUACAAGUAUUUUUUUUCCUUUAUAAAAAAAUCCCCCUUUGAGACGGUUUUAACUUGAGAGUAUUUGUGUCUGUCUCCCCAGAGCAUUGCUGUAGGUGUUUCCAUACUGGGUGUUACCAUGUGAUAUUGGUGUUAAAGAAUUAUAGUUUAAGUGAGAAAGACAAGCUACUGUAACUCUGCUAAAAGAGUAAUAAAUCUGGAAAACCUAUAUGAA